GGUCAAGGAGGAGACAAUGCUGCUUUUUUCCCUUCGGAUCCCCCAAGAAAAAGGUAUUGCCAAUGCCGUAAUCAACUGCGCCGGAAAAUGAUUGCAAAAUUUUUUUUCGCACUUUUUCACACCAAAGUUUACUCCAGAACACUACAGCUUGUUGGGAAAAUAUUCCUUUAUGUCCCCCGUCACUCUUUCUUUCUUGUCUGGGUAUCUUGAUUGGUCUUAUUUAAAUCGGGGACUUUAUCGUCAAAACUUGACAAAGAGUGUUUUGGUUAGUUUAUUUGCACAUUAGCUAAUUUUUUAGCUAUCGAUACCAAAGCUCCGUGCAAAUUGACUCCGUAAGAAUUAACAGCAGUUGAUACUGCCCCAGCUCCGGUAAUUGAGAUCUCUGGAGCUGAUAUUUCAACAACUAUUUAAUUGGCUUUUAACAACAAAAAUACUCGGGAUUUUAAAGGGAGGGAGGAGCCCUCCGAGCAUAUCAGAAAUUAAUUUCAGAGAGCAGAAAUUAGCAUCCGGAGGUUAUUAAAGCAAAAUCGUGCCCAGGUGGACGAAUGUAUUCUAUUCCAAGCUACUAUGAAUUGGGAAGCUGUUCCAGUUCUGGGAAUUUUCUCCAAGGAGUAGUACUAAGCUCAAGUAGAACUGCAACAACAAACAAGGGAAACUCCUCCUGUUCAACAGCAGAAAAGAAGGCAGAAACAGCAAGCAAGAACCACAGCGAGGCCGAGAGGAGACGUCGAAAGCGAAUCAACACCCACCUCGCCACUCUUCGUACACUCCUUCCAAAAACCAUCAAAACAGACAAGGCUUCACUGCUAGCAGAGGUAGUCCGACGACUCAGGGAAUUGAAGAAGACAACAUCCGAAUUUGCAGCCAAUGACACCAACAGCGAAACUUCCCAAUGUAACCUUUUCCCAACCGAAUGUGAUGAACUCAACCUAUGUCACUCCGAAACAGAGCCGGGGACAAUAAAGGCAACCCUAUGCUGCGAGGAUCGGCCGGAGUUGAUAUCGGAGAUAACCGCGGCGGUGAAGGCGGCGGAAGGGAAGGUGGUCAGGGCGGAGAUGGCGACGGUUGGAGGGCGGACCAAGAGCAUUUUGUGGGUUCAAUUCGUCUCACCCACCGGGUGCGGCAGCGGCGGUGGUGAAGGGAGGCUGCGGCGGGGUCUGAAGGGGGUAGUGAACAGGGCUGCUGCUUUGUCGAGUACUGGGCCAGGCCUGCAGGCUUUGCCGGAGAAUAAACGGGCUCGUCUCUCUCAAUACUGAUUUUAUUGGGCUAGGUGUUUUGGACUUUGGUUAGGUAAUGUUGGACCUGGUUGUUGGAGGGGACCAGUUACGGGCAUAGUCGAAUAAUUAUUCACUAGUUCGGGAGAACUGUCACGUGAUGCUCUGAACUGUUUCAAACGACAUAUUUAUAUAAGGUUCAUACAUGUAAUGUAGUCGUGGACCUCACGAGAAUGCGUGGUUGUUGAGUAAUUCGGAGUACCAAGUUGUAGUGCUCCCGCACUGUUGAAUAAUUUCGCGUCGUAAUCCGUGGAGCUUUGAUGGAUUGGUGUAUAUUAUGACUGUACACAAUGAUUAGUCAUUAAUGGGAAAAGGUUAAGAAGAGCAGGGGAACAAGGAACAGUACUGCAAGUAGGGAAGAUGUUUUAAUCUUUUUCAAGGUUUCAUCUCUAUUGGGGAACAUGAGUUUUCAAGUUGAUUUUGCAUGGCUGUGGGAAACAUGUAUAAAUAAUGUUUUUCAUUAUUUCUAACGUAAUUACAAU